AAUGCCAGGGAAGAUAUUAAGCAGGAUGGACCGUAUCGAGCGAAGAAACUUACUCUAUGAUCUGACCCAUUACAUCCCACCUCCGGAGAUGCAUUCAGUUCUGCAAACGCUUGACACACACACGAAGCAAUCCAGACCAUUGAUUCUUGGACUCUUUCUUACAAUGACUCCUCAACGACCUCACAACUGCUCAAUUCGUUGUUGAAUGCCGGUAUGGGAACAUAAAUGGAGUCCCGUUGUGACAUCAUUCCACCUCCGAGACAAGCGCCCAAAAUGAAUUCAAAAUCAAAUUCGGAUCCUCUUGUCUUGCGUCAUGCCGAGCAUCACGGACUCGACGCUCGACAGCUUCAUCACGACUUCACGGACACCCCCCAGGCCAUUGGCAACGUCAACAAACAUAAUCGAUCGUGACUCUACCUUCAUCGCAUAUAUCUUUCGCGCGACAUCGCGUACCCAAGCAGCAUCCUGUGUUUCCCAUGUACGGCACGUCAUGCACGCCGAUCGGCCCGCUACACACGAGAUGAGUGCGUGGAGAUGUGUGAUGCUUAAACACGGAAAGACUGGGCUAGAUGGGCCGGAUGAUUUUGAAGAAGUGAUGGGGCAUGAUGACGAUGGGGAGACGUACGGUUCCUCAAGAGUGUUGGGUGUAAUGGAAAAAGAAGGGGUUCUUGACGCCGUCGUCGUGUGUUCGCGAUGGUAUGGAGGGACGAUGCUCGGGCCAGUUCGUUUCGCCCAUAUCGAGAAAUGCGCACUGGAGGUUUGCCAUGCCUUCAAGACCAUCGAGCAAAUAGAAGACUGCAUCAUUGAACUCAAAUCAUACGACGAGACGCUUGCCAAACUCCGGGCUGAGAUCGCAACUUUGCAAGGAACGCCUCCACCACAACUAACGCCGACAGAUUACAAAGCCGCUUUGUUGACCCCUCCUGAUUUGGCGAAAGCUCAGCGACUGCUAAACGCGCGGAGAAGCGCUGUGGAUGGACUUCAAAGGACCCUGGAGUUGAAGAAGCAGGCGGCGAAUACUUCCCCCGAUCCUUGAGCGUGGUGCAUGGGUCCAAUCACGAAAAAUCAGCUGUAUAUCCUCAAGACCCAAUAUACCAUACAAUGAUUUCCUGGACAGAUUCUAUCGCCGUAUUACAAAUGUACAAUAUUCAAUCGUCUUGAAGGCAAAUUAUUCAG